UGCUCCGGCCAGCACCCUAGGCCCGCCCGCAGCCAGCUGUCGCCGACAUGGAACCCGUGGCCAGCAACAUCCAGGUCUUGCUGCAGGCGGCGGAGUUCCUGGAGCGCCGCGAGAGAGAGGCAGAGCAUGGCUAUGCGUCCCUGUGCCCACACCGAAGUCCGGGCCCAGUCCACAGGAGGAGGAAGCGGUCUCCCCAAGCUCCUGGCGCGCUGGACAGUGGGCGGUCUGUGCACAACGAGCUGGAGAAGCGCAGGAGGGCCCAGCUGAAGCGGUGCCUGGAGCAGCUGAAGCAGCAGAUGCCCCUGGGGGCUGACUGUGCCCGAUACACCACACUGAGCCUUCUGCGCAGGGCCAGGAUGCACAUCCAGAAGCUGGAGGAGCAGGAGCAGCGGGCCCGGCGGCUCAAGGAGAAGCUGCGCAGCAAGCAGCAGAGCCUGCAGCAGCAGCUGGAGCAGCUCCGGGGGCUGGCCGGGGCUGGCGAGCGCGAGCGGCUGCGAGCAGACAGCCUGGACUCCUCGGGCCUCUCCUCUGAGCGCUCCGACUCAGACCAAGAGGAGCUGGAGGUGGACGUGGAGAGCCUGGUGUUCGGGGGCGAGGCUGAGCUGCUGCGGGGCUUCAGCGCGGGCCAGGAGCACAGCUACUCACACAGCGGCAGCACCUGGCUAUGACCCUCGCCUCCUGGAGCGACCUCUGCCCUCAGCCCACCCUCUGCUCUGCCAGGCUGGAGCCCUCACCAAGCCUCCAGGGC